AGUUAUUAGGUUCCAGGAUUUAUUACAAGCUCUGGGAUACAAAGGGACAACAUCACUUGCCAAAGAACUGGACUUUGAGCUUGCAAGAAACCUGAAGCAGUAAUAGUCCAACGUUGACAAGAGUUCUCUACAAUGAAGUUCGCUCUGAUGGUGGUGUUGUUCCUACAAUUGAUCUCCUUGGCCUUGUGCUCGGCGCAGAAUGGUGCCUUCUACAUCAACGGCAACGGCAACGGGAAUGGGAACGGCGAGUAUUACAAUGGCAUCAAGCUUCACAUUGAGACCCAGAAAGACCGGCUCUUUGCCUACCGAGGGGAGAACGUAACACUGAGCUGUCACUAUCGUUACGAGCCACCGGUGAACAGCAGCCGCAAGGUCAGGGUGAAGUGGUCCAAACUCAACAUGGAUCUUUCCAAGGAGUGCGACGUGAUCGUGGCCAUCGGGCUUCGACACCGAAGUUUCGGGGAGUUCAAGGGGAGGGUCUACCUGCGGCAGUCCGACGAGCGGGAGGUGUCGCUGGUCAUCACGGACGUGCGGCUGGAGGACUAUGGAAAGUACAAGUGCGAGGUGAUUGAUGGCCUGGAGGAUGAGAGCAGCAUCGUUGAGCUGGAGUUACGAGGUGUGGUCUUCCCUUACCAGCCGCGUCAUGGCAGGUACCGGCUGAACUUCCACGACGCCAAGCUAGCCUGUGAGCAGCAAGAUGCCAUGAUCGCCUCUUUCGAGCAGUUGUUCCAGGCGUGGGAGGAGGGCCUGGACUGGUGCAACGCCGGCUGGCUGAUGGACGGGUCGGUCCAAUACCCCAUCACGGUGCCUCGAGGGCCCUGUGGCGGUGAGGGAAGCUCGGCCGGGCUCCGAAACUACGGGCAGCGGCACAAGAACCUGCACCGAUUCGACGUCUUCUGUUUUGCUUCGACUUUGAAAGGUAAACUCUACUUCAUGCGUCGUCCACUGAAGUUUAAUUUUGAUGAAGCCAUCAAGGCCUGCCAGGACGACGGGGGCGAGAUCGCCAAAGUGGGCCAGCUCUACGCUGCCUGGAAGUUCCUCAAGUUCGACCGCUGCGAGGCUGGCUGGGUGGCCGACGGCAGUGUCCGUUACCCCAUCAACUACCCCCGGCCCAAGUGCGGCCCUCCUGAGCCUGGGGUUCGUACCUUUGGCUUUCCUGAUAAGGAGAGUGGGAAGUUCGGGGUUUUCUGCUUUAAAAUGACCUAAACGGCAAGGGCAGCGGCUGUGUUGAUCGCAGGAGGACCUUCCGUAUUGUUUAUUGAGCCAGUGUUAGUGCUCGUCUUUAAAGGUGAAAUCAAGUUAUUUUUUAAAAGAAAUAUUAAAGUAUAACCUUCCCUGAUACUAUCCCAGAUCUAUUUGAGAAAGAGUUAGGUAGCACAGAAAGAGGCUCUUCAUCCCAUCCCAUUUUUGUCCAACCCAAGAGUUAAUUUUUAAAAGUUUUAUUUAGAGAUACAGCGCGGUAACAGGCCCUUCUGGCCCACUGCCCCAUGCUACCCAAUUACAUCCAUGUGACCAAUAUAUCUACUAUCCUGUAUAUCUUUGGGAUGUGGGAGGAAACUGGAGCACUGGAGGAAACGCAGGCAGCCAGGAGGAGAACAUGCAUACUCCUUACAGACAGUGGCAGGAAUUGAACCUGGGUCAGUGGUGCUGUAUCGUGUUACGCUAACCGCCAUGCUACUGUGCCGCCCUUAACCAGUCGUUUAUUCUGCUCCCAUCUUUAUUCUCACCACAUUCGCCUCGAUCUCCCUCUCCCCGGUUCCACUACUCACCCAUACCCCACGAGCAAUUUGCAGUGGCUAGUUAAUCUACCCCACGUCUUCAGGGUGCAGGGGCACAUGGAGGCAACCCGCGCAGAUCGCAGGGAGAAUGUGCGAGCUCUGUCCCGAACAGCACUGGAGGUCAGGAUAAGACCUAGGUCACUGGGGCUGUGAGGCAGUGGUUCCACAAGCUGUACCAUUUUGCAUUCCCUUUUUUUCUAAUCAGUCUGGAAAGUCCUCAUAAUCAUCUGUGCACUGUCUGAGUUUUGAGAGGCUAUUAAAAAAAAAGCAGUAAUAAAGCAUUUAAUACUGAAGGCUGGGAUCUCAAGACACUACACUGUCAGUUAAUGUAUAUAUGACCCAUCAAGUUUCAGCUAAUACCUUACUCUUUAUCUCAGCUCAUUCCUUUCCUACUUUUGGUUCGCUAUCCAUCUUUAAUUCCCUGUUAGGUCAGCCACCAUUGUGUCUGGAUAGAUUCAGCGCGCUCUGCUACAGCAGUAAUCCCAGUGAUCAGGCAAGUUAUUCAGAGGGAAUGACCCUUGUGCUGAGGUACUGUGUCGGAUUGUUGACCUCAGAAUUGGCAGGUACUUGAGCAAGAGUGAAUACAUCAAACAAAUCAAAGAUCUGGGCCGUAUCUUAGGAUGCAAACCGUGACCUGCAUAUUUGUGAACUAAAUAUAUUUAAUACACAGUUCUGCAAGGUUGCAGUCCAGGUUUUGACUGCAAAUUUUGACAUCCAGGCAACUAGGCCCAGGCAUUGUAUGUCUAAAUUAGGCCUUAAAAUCCAUUUGUAUAUUCAAGCCUGAAUGUGAAGGCCCAUUGAGGGUUCGAUAUGAACAUUUCCUUGAAUUCACAGAUGAAAAAUCUCAUGAUAGAUAUCUUGUUGGGCGUUAGGUACACAGAAGGUAAUUCUAUUCCCCCCAUAGAGGAACUGAACAAAUAGAGCAUGUGCGUGCAGAUGCGCAGGCGUACUCACUAUGUGAGUGUGCGUUUAUCCUGGUCAUAUGUUCAAUCAAUUUUGAGAUGGUCUAUCUCAGGCCUAUUAGAAGUUGUUGGACACCUGGUUCACUCUCAUUGAUCAGCCUAAAGCAACCAAAUCUGGUGAAUCCUAGGUUCAGAGGAGCCCAUUUUAGUGUGGAUGGCGCCUUUUCUGGCCUCAUUCAAGAGUUUCCCUGCCUUCUUAAGUCAGAGAGGCAGGUAAACUCCAGUCCUGGUGUAGUAGUAGUUUGAAGGCCAUUUUAUUGUUCUCCAUCAUGUUACAGUACGCAAGGAGCUGAGUAAAAAGACAGUUCUUUUCGGUGUUCUCACGAAAUAUAGAUUCAAAUAUUGAUUAAAGUUCCUUUGACUUCUAACAGAGUGCUUCCAACUACUAGCGACCAAAUUAAAUGUACAAAUGAUAUGAAAUGGUGGACCUGAUGACUAAGGUUAAUUGUUUAACAACGUGGCAAUAUGUAAUCAACAACAGCAGUGAACUUACAAGUAAUCAGUGAGAUCUCUUUAUUAGAAAUAAAUCAACAAACAAAAUCAGGAAGGACAUAACAGAGCCAGUUGAAUAUUUCUUUUAGGGUUUUGCCCUUUAUAUCCUGUAGGCCUUAGCUCUGAUUUGAUGAGACACCUUUUUGGUACACUAUUAAGAGAUCACUUUCCUGUAUGAGGUAGAAAAUGAGUUUCAGCUAUUUAACCACAGGAAGAGGUACCAUGGAACCAAAUCCUCCCCUCAUCCAAUUUAAAAAAAAGAUUAUAACCUUCUUCGAUAUCCCAGAUCUGUUUGAGUUAGAGAUUCUUGCAGCUCUGAAACAGGCUCUUUGUUUCACUCAGUUAGUUCCAAGAGCUGAUUGUCCAAUGAUCAUUGUUCAUCGCUGGCCGAUUCUCUGAGAUCAGGAGCAACAAAGCUGAUGAUGAAACCCUUGGGCUCUUUCUUGCUUGACUGGUCAUCAAGCCUGGACCCUUCAGGCACAUCUGCUCCAUGAGCCUUGAGGAACCAACGUUCCCCCCAUGCUCCAGGUGUGGGACUCCAGGACCAGUUUACAUUCAGUGCCUUCCCAGAGCAAUUUGUGUGAUUUCACCUUUAGAGAGCGAGUAAUUUGACCAUCUGAGAAACCAAUGGCUUUCAUUGGCCUGUUAUCCAGGAAGGAAAGCAGUGUAAUGACUAGAUAUUCAGAGGGACUGCAACA